AUGGCAUCCCAACCAAUUGCUCCAAUUGAAAUUGGCUCUUUUACUGCAUCCUCUCCACAGAAGACGGAAUUCUUGGGUAGCGCAAGUGGAGUAUUCUUCGUCAAGACUGUUUUUCGGGCAUUUGCGCGGUCAGCUUCGGGCAGCGGCGAUGAUGAUCUGAGCAGUGGACCUCAACAGUCCUCACACAGGGCCGAUCACGAAUCGGUCAGCAAUCGUCUGAUUGAUCCGGAAACCCCUGUGCAGCCCAAUAAUGACAGCCCUGUCAUGAGGAUAGAACUUGAAGGCACGGACCAUCAUGCCCCCCAUGAGUCACCACGAGCAUACGGCAUAAAGGGCCAUGGACUGGGCAUUGCACCGAAGCAGGAAGUCGCACAGAAACUUUUGAAGAUCUACCUUCGAAAUUGGCAUCCUUUAUUUCCCUUCCUUCAUGGCCCCAGCCUGUUGGAAAUGAUUCUUGACUUAUAUGAGCCUCAUGAGUCAUCCACUGCCCGUCCUUCAAGCUCCUUGCAGCGCCGCAUAUGUCAGGCUGUGAUUUGUCAGUGCGUCUUCAGCAUCGCAGCUCUUGACUGGCGCGAGCAGCAGCUCCCUUUUGAGUCCCGCAUAGAGUCUCCCACCCAGUUGCUGUCACUUUUAGGCUUUCUCGCAAGCAAUCAUGACCUCCAAUCACUUCAAGCACUCUUGGCUGCGCAAUUGUAUCUUCUUUCUACCAUGUCACUCCGCGGUGCUUCAACCAUCGGCGGAACCCUCACAAGAGUCAUCUACCUUGCAGGCUUACACCGCUGCCCCUGUCGCUACGUUCAAAUUCCUGCAGAGGAAUGCAAUCUGCGGAAAAGGAUCUUCUGGACUGCCUACAUCCUGGAUCGCUACCUGAGUCAGGCGCUCGGCCAUCCAUUGUCCAUUCAAGAUUCUGAGGUAGACGUCUGCAUUCCAGGGCUAGGAGAAUUCCACAAGAGAGUCUAUGCUCGGCAGGAUCAUCGAUCGAAUUCGACAAGUGGGGAUGAUGUGUUGGAACACCUUCCGCAUACUCAUACAGACAAUCAUCAGGCCAUCGAGGGACAAGAAAGCGUGUAUGGCUCCGCAGCGGAUGAUGAAAGCCGCAAGAAUGAGCCAGGUUCUCCCAAGGCUCACGAAAAUCAUGGACAAGCUUCCGAGAUUCUUGGCCACUAUGUUCUGUACUGUCGACUUACAGGGCAGGCGCUGCAACUAUUCCACAAAUCGCUCCAGAAUCGUACCAUCAAUAGAGAGAGUAUCAUGGAAAUGCAGUCAAGUGUGCACUCUUGGUGGAACGAGUUGCCUCGCAGGCUUCAAGAUGAAUAUAAUGGUGGUCAACUGGAAAUCACCUCGAUUUUCACGUUUUUCUUUGUUCCAAUCUACAAUCAGCUCAUUCUGCUGAUCAAUCGUCCUUUCCUGUCUCUUUCGCCUCAUAGCCUCGAAUUCCGCACGAGCCUCAACAACUGUAUCGCUGCUGCACGCCAGAUCAUCACAACGUCAAAGCACCAAUCUCAAUGGAAUCUACAAGUUUCCUGGCCUGGAAUGCUUUCCAUGAAGUGGAUGGCUGGUCUUGUUUUAUCUUUUGCUUGCACGCUAAAGCUAUAUCCAUUUAGUAAAGCGCAGCAGGAAAUCGAAGACUGCGUUCAAGAAUUAUUGGCAAUGGACAAGACUUGGAACAAUGCGCGACAUUGUGCAGCAGCCUUGAAAAGCCUGUUAGAACACCUCGGCAAUCAGUACCGGAAUGGACCAAGACAGCUAUCUGCGGAGAAAGACAAGCCGAUUACUACGGGAACAUCGACCUUGCGCCGCAAAUAUACGGUCAACGGCAGAAGUGAUAGCCUACCAGACAACUUGGACCAACGACAUUACAAGAGAGUAAAUCACGGAACGCUCAUGCGAGCGUCUAGCCCAAAGGACAAUCGCAGCGAUCAACUUUUGACGCAGAGUGAUGCCACGGGCAAUUUUGGCAACAAUGUACAUCUUCAAUCUGCCCCACCAACGCCAUUCGGCCCCUCCAACAAUUUUGCCAUCCCCGAUUAUAAUGGUCCAAAUCUUGCGCGUGUUGAAGAACAAUAUUUGGGAGGCGUUGAUAGUGAUUUUAUAUCUCUACCAGUUGCUGGUGAUUUGUAUGGCAAUUUCAAUGGUGGCUUUGGCAAUAUUGAAUGGGAGUCGAUGGCCAACUCCUGGGGUUCGAUGCAAGACUGGGGGUCCUGGGGGGUGCCAGACCCUUAA